AUGUUGCUGGACUCGAGACACCUCGAUCUAAACGAGGCGAAGCUUCCCAAAGCGUCGAACUUCAAGUUGCUACAGGCUUUCUUGCAAGAUCUGGCGUUCCCGCAACAGGAUUGCCUCCUGAUCACCGACCUUUAUCGAUGGCGUGCCCACAAUCUUGCACCUAAUGUCGAGCCCCCCUCCGAUGACUACCAUUGGUCCGCCGUCGAGCGGAUGAGCCGAGUUCAAUCUCCAUCCUCUCUCAUGGAGAACAGUCUGAGGGCUGACGAAUGCUUGUGGGAGAGUAUUGCAGCCUCUGGUAAAUAA